AUGCCUUUGCCACAGUCAUCUGUUAUGGAAUUAAGGAGCAACAAACUUAUGCGUAUGGAGUUGAGCUAUGACAAAAAAUUAUUAUCAUCAGAAUUAAUUUGUUUGUUGAACAAUUUGACUCCUGAACAGAAGAAAAUAUAUGACCAAGUGUUAUCUACAGUCAAAAGUAAUAAUGGUGGCAUGUACUUUGUUUAUGGCCAUGGUGGAACUGGAAAAACAUAUAUAUGGAAUACAUUAAGCACCUCCUUACGUUCUAAGGGAAAGAUUGUUUUAAACGUAGCUUCAAGUGGUAUUGCCUCAUUAUUAUUGCUAGGAGGUAAAACUGCUCAUUCUCAAUUUCGCAUUCCAAUUGCAGUUAAUGAAAAUUCAAUUUGUAAUAUAAAACAUGGUAGUCAUCUUAGUGAACUGCUUAUCAACACUUCCCUAAUAAUAUGGGAUGAAGCACCCAUGGCUAAUAAAUUUUGUUUUAAGGCUCUUGAUAAGUCUCUGAGAGAUAUCAUGAAAGUUCAACAAGUAGAUGCUGCGUUAAGGCCCUUUGGUGGCAAAGUUAUUUUGCUUGGUGGUGACUUUCGACAAAUUCUUCCAGUUGUGCGAAAAGGUAGUAGAGAGGAUAUUGUAUUUGCUGCAAUCACUUCUUUAUACUUAUGGAAAGAUUGUAAGGUUUUUACAUUGACUAAAAAUAUGAGACUAUUGACCAAUGCAACAUCUAAAGAUGCAAUGAGAGUUCAAGAAUUUGCAAACUGGAUUAUCUCAAUUGGUGAUGGAAAAGUUGACGACAACCAUAAAGAAGCAGAAGAAAUUACAAUUCCAGAUGAGUUAUUGUUAAACCCUACUCAAGAUCCUCUUAGGUGUAUUGUUGAUUCCACUUAUCCAGAACUGCUACAGAAUAUACAUAGUGCAUGUUAUUUCCAAGAGCGUGCUAUCUUAGCUCCAACAUUAGUAGUUGUUGAUGAAGUCAAUGAAUAUGUUUUAUCUAUGCUCCCUGGUGAUGAAGUUUGCUACUUAAGCGCAGAUACAGUUUCCAAACAAGAUGAAAUAGGAGGUGCUUUACAGGAUAUUCACUCGCCAGAAUUCUUGAAUUCAUUAACAAUGUCAGGAAUACCUAAUCAUGAAAUCAAGCUUAAAGUAGGGGCUCCUAUUAUGCUCAUGUGA